UCGCGUACCGCUUCUCCCCCUUUCUUACCCUUUUCUUCCUCUCUUCCUUUCUCGGUAUCUCUGCCUUUCGCACUCCUCCAUUUUCCUCUGUCCAGCGAGCUUUUGCUAGCUCCGUACGUACCUACGAACGCAAGUACGUACGGCGGAGUGUCGUGCGCGCGUCCCAAGUGGAUGCGAGGCGUCGUCGCGAGGCACACGUCCCAGAGAGAAGUUAUCGCGCGAUCAUCAGGAUCCUCGAUCCUCGGUCCUCGAUCGAAGGAUCCUUUGGAUUGUUUGGAAAAAGCGAGUUCGUUCCUCCGUUUCGCGGGUCGCGUCGCAUCGCGCCACUUUACGGCUGCGUUUAAACAAGCUAAUCGCCGUCGCCGAUUUUCAGAUUAGCUCUCUGUUGAAAGAAAAACGCGUCGCGAUAAGUGUACUCACGGCACUCAAGUGACGCCUAUUGGUCGCCGAAAUACAGGCAUUACACGCGGACAGUGUCGAAAACGAGAUUAUUAUUCACGGAGGAACGAUCGCGAGAUGAAAGCGUGUUAGUGUUUCCCUCGCGACACGCAGAUUACAAGAAGACAGCACGCUUCCUCGCUCUUAUCUUGGAUCCUUCGUAGGUGCGGCUUAUUCCCGAUUUAACGUUCAACCGAGCGGGCCUGUAUUUUCAUCUCGAAUCCAACAGUGAACCGAUCGCAGAUGUCGUUGACGAAUCGUGCCACGUUACGAGAGUGAUACGCGCGUUUCUGUUAGUGAGCACGAGAUAUGAAGUGAGUUUACACGCAUCGAUUAAUCGAAAAGAGAAAAACAAACUGGCGGAACUUCGCGGUGAUUCGAGUGUGCGAUCAGUGCGCGGCACGUUGCUGGAAUCCUUAACCUCGAAACAACCGGUGAUCUCGGUCGAACAUCAUCCUCGUAUACGACUAAACAACGUGCCUGUACAAAUGUAGCUACGAUUAAUCGUUGACACGAAAAGAACCGGAGAACGAUGAAGCCGAUCGUUGGAGCACCGAUCAUCAGGCAAAAUCGAUCAAUCAAGAUCGCGAUGAGGUAGUGCUCAUCGGAAACGCGCGAGUGGGUGACUAUAGUGCGAGUCGGAGCAAGGGAAACUUUCAACAGUUUCCCGCGGAAGAUCUACGCCGGAUCUUCGAAGGAGGUUUCCACGCACGACCGUCACAUGUUUCGGAUCCGAUCGGCCGAGUUUAAGGAGCGAAGACCUGGAGGCCAUACAGAUAAUCGAGCAUCCCCGAAGGACGCAGAUGCCCCGAAGGAAACAGCACGCUCCGCAACGUAUGAAAUGGGAGGACGGAGUCGAAGGCUCAGGGCCCGGCACGGACCUCCAAGGGGAGGAGGGCGAUUGCGUGGAGGAUGACGGCCCAAUUAGCCCUAGCGAAAGGGGUUGUACGGUGGUGGCUAAAGAGGAAGAGGAUGGUGAUGCAACCGACGAAGAGGACGACGAGGACGCAUCAGCGCCAACGCCACCCCCUUCCGCAGCCGCGAGACUGAAUCCUACGAUUCUAAGGGAAACAGGACCCCCGGACAGAGAGCCAAUGAGUCCGCGCUGUCCCUCGAGAGAUUCUAGGGAGUCGUCCGGUCCGGCAACCGGAAGUCCUCCACCGCCUGCCACGAGGAGUACCGCGAGUCCAGUCAGCCCGAGUGGUAUCGUGCCAUUGCCGCUCGGUAAUCAUCCUCUUUUACCACCGCAUUCCGCAGCCAUGAUGGCAGCAUACCUACAACAAACCCACCAAAGGCUACUCCUCGGCCACUCGCCACUGUCCCGAGGAUCGGUGUCGCCGUUGGUUUCAUCCUCGUGCUCUCCACCGGCGGCCACCCCUGGCCUGCUAGUCUCUCCCAGCAGCAUCGGCGAAGUAUCCCCUUCUGCCACCCCGUUACCCGCGGUCCUCGACUUUAGCACCAGAAAGGCUUCGUCGACCGAAGAUGACGAGGACGAACAGAUACUGAACCUGAGCAAGCCACCGACUCCUUCCUCCUCCACGGAAACGAACAACGGGCCGCUAGAUCUAUCGGUACCGAGCAGAAAACGACCAGGACCUGAAGACUCCCCGCCACCGCCAACUCGCAAAUCGUCCAGGUUAUCCGGCGCUGCCGCAUCCGCCACGACGGCACACCAAGAGGUCGCGCAAGCCGCGACGACUGCUGGUUUCGGGAGGCCGCCGGUCGUUUCGCCGUGGACGUCGCCCGUCAUGGCUUCCCACUUCCCCUACUUUGCUGCCGCGGUCGCGGCCGCGGCUACUAGUCAACAGCAACUUUCCCCGAAGAGUACCGCCGGUGUAAUGGAGCAUCACCAGCAGCUCUGGAACGGUAAGAUGAAACCACCGUCGACGUUGGACAAGUCCUAUCAACCGAGCGAGGCGACCAAAGCGCUCGAGAAAAUGAGCGAGUUGAGCAAGCUUGGCGGAGAAGACAUGUUCAGAUCGAGCUCACGGGUAACGGCGGCUGGGGCGAGUGCCGCAGCCGCGGCCGCGACUGCAGCUGCCGCUGCUGCGGCCGCUGGGAACGCGACCGGUUCGACGUCCGGCAGUCGGCAUAGCGCUUGGCAAUCGCACUGGCUGAACAAGGGCGCCGAUCAGGCGAAAGAUGUCCUCAAGUGCGUCUGGUGCAAUAAAAGUUUCCCCACGUUAGCCGCGAUGACCACACACAUGAAGGAGGCGCAACAUUGCGGCGUCAACACGCCCGUCCCGGGUGCCGCGUCCGCGUUGCAUUCCCAACAGGGUAACGUGCCGAACAUUCCGACGUCGCAACAACCCCACCAACCGCAGACAACCUCGACGAGCAGCAGCAGUGGCGCCGUGGCCGCUGCAGCCGCGGCCGCGGCCGCGGCGGUCGGUGCUGGUCCUGGUUCCGGCGCACCGAGCAACAAGCAGAGCCCGUCCGAGCUGAAUCUGCUGAUCAAGGAAACGAUGCCGCUACCGAGAAAGCUGGUUCGCGGUCAGGAUGUGUGGCUGGGCAAGGGAGCCGAACAGACCAGGCAGAUUCUUAAGUGCAUGUGGUGUGGCCAGAGUUUUCGAUCCCUCGCCGAAAUGACGUCGCACAUGCAACAAACGCAACACUACACCAACAUCAUCUCCCAGGAGCAAAUCAUCUCGUGGAAAUCGUCGGACGAGAACAAGGGUGGCAGCGGUGGAAGUGGAGCAAGCGGAGGCGGCGGUGGGGCGGUUGGUGGUGGCGUGGGUGGUGGUAGUGGUGGCGGAACCGCGGUACCUACCGGUGCCGCUUCCGGACCACAUCCAGGGAACGCAACUGGUCCCGGUUCCGGGGCAACCAGCAGCCACGUGAGUGCUGUGCUCACUUGCAAAGUUUGCGACCAGGCGUUUAGCUCGCUCAAGGAACUGAGCAAUCACAUGGUAAAGAACUCGCAUUACAAGGAGCACAUUAUGCGUUCAAUCACCGAAAGCGGAGGCAGGCGGCGACAAACGCGAGAGAAACGCAAGAAAUCGUUGCCCGUGAGGAAACUGUUGGAACUCGAACGGGCUCAGAACGAGUUCAAGAACGGAGACGCUGCCACUGGUCUUGGCCACACACUCGGUAAGCACGCGGGUAGAAUAACGUGCGAAAAGUGCGGCGAGAAGAUCGAGACGACCAUCUUUGUCGAUCACAUACGACAGUGCAUCGGCGCGGGAACGAUGGGGGCGAAUCAACGCAACUUUUUAAAGAACGCGUUAAUGUCCAAUCAUUUACCAGCAACCUUACCGCCGACCGAGAGCGGACGCAAAAGCGUCACCGAGGACAGUUCGUCCGUGUCCUCGAGGCACCAUCGGUCACCCUCGUCGGCCAGCGACGCAACCACACCAGGUAAAGAGACCCCAACACCCACCACCGGCGACACUACCGGUAGUUCUUCUCCAUCCGUUCUAAACGCCAUCGAAAAGCUGAUCGAAAAGAGUUUCGACUCUCGCGUCAGACACGGUACGCCCGGUUUGCAUCACGCUCAACCUGGGGCACCGAUGGGCACCAGUAUCCUCAAGCGAUUAGGUAUCGACGAAAGCGUGGACUACACGAAACCUCUGGUGGAUCCUCAAACGAUGAACCUCCUACGAUCUUAUCAACAGCAGCAUCAACAUCAACAACAGCAGCAACAUUAUUCCACUAGCACCGCGGCGCGGAGAGAACGCAGCGGAAGCGAGUCGAGCUCUGUGUCCGAGCGGGGCAGCGGCGGUAGAACCGAGACGAUGACACCGGAGAGGCGCGUGGAUCUGUCAUCGGUCGGCCACUCGGACGGUAGACAUUCCCAUCAUCCUCGCGUCACGCCGGACAAGCAAGUCGCUCCUUCGCAAAACUUGUCCUCGGUUCGUCACCAUCCCGCGACGGAGGAAUCCGGUGACGAAGAGUCGUCCGCCACAGCAGCGGCCACGGCGGCGACCACGGUAGUCGUUAAGAAAGAACCCCGGGACGAAGAGUCGGAGGAACGGGGGUUGGCAAACGAGGACGAACAGUCGCAGUCACAACAGAGUCGCGAGGUGUUCGUGAAGAAGGAGAUCGUGGAGGAGUGUAGAGACGAGGAGGAACAAGGUUCGUUCAAUCAUCGACGAAGCAGCCUGCACGAAGGUUCCGAAGAGGGUCGCGAGGUAUUAUCGCCUCGCAUGAAUCCACCAACUCCGAGGUCGAGCGGACAACCGGAACAGCUGGGUCGCAGUCCCUGUAGAAACAGCACGAGUAGUCCAACGAGCAGUGACCGUUCCGUCACGCCACGCGGAACUCCAGACACCAAAGGAUCGAGCAGUCUCGGAGCCCUCUCUUCCAUGUUCGACAGUUUAUCCGGCGCUGGCGGUGGCGGCGGCGGGGGUGGCAGUGGGACAGGCGGAAGUGGUGGCAACGCGGCUAGUGGUUCGAGCAGCACGGUCGACUCGCAAGGCCGGAAAACCAGUAGUCACCCUUUGGCGGCUUUGCAGAAGCUUUGCGACAAGACGGAGACAAGAGGUCCGAGCGGGAGUGGGUCCAGAUCGAGUAGCGGUCCCGGAACUGCAUCCGGUCUCGGUUCAGCGGCCGGAAGUGGAGUGGGCGCGUCAGGGCCGGGAUCCGGAACAACCCCGGGUGCGAUCUUAGCGUUCAGCUGGGCCUGUAACGAUGCCGUGGUCACCGCCGAUUCGAUCAUGAAGUGCGCGUUUUGCGAUACACCGUUUAUCUCGAAGGGCGCGUAUAGGCAUCAUUUGUCCAAGAUGCAUUUUGUGAAGGACGGUGUGAUUCCGGACCCGUUGACGAUCGGACGAUCGGCGGCGGCCGCGGCCGCGGCGGCGGCAGCAGCAGCCGCCGCUGCAGCCGCGGUCUCUCAGAGUUCGAGCAUCGGCCCGUCGACCGGUCACGCUUCUUCCUCGCCACCAACUUCCCAGCGCAACAAGUCGCCACCGCUGCCGCAGGCGAACGGCAGCCCAUCUCAGUCAGCGGCCUCUCCCCUAGAGGAGAGCCCGCACUCCAAAUUUCUCAAGUAUACGGAGCUGGCCAAACAAUUGUCCAGCAAGUACGUAUAGUCCGAGCCCCGUAAGUAGCGGUGCCACUUGUACAUAAGUGUAUCUAUACUGUAACGACUGUAACUAGCCACGCGGUUGGACACAUUUCAUCAUCGAACAUCCGCCUCGAUCGUUCGUCCUCUUUCGCUCGCGACUCCAUCGUCCGUCACUCAUCAUCGUUCAUCACUCAUCCAUCAUCCGUCGUUCGUUUCUUCUUGCGUUGAACUCGCGUUUCUUAUGUUUCUUUUUCCCUUCCCUCCCUCGAUCUGUCUUUCGUUUAGUCUCUUCGCGUCGUUUUCGAUUUAAACUACUGUCCGAAAUUUCUUCUCGCACGGACGAUCGGAUCACGCGGUCCGAAGAAAGACGACGCGUCCAACGAGGAGGUGGAUCUCGAAGGUGCGUUAAUUAAAUUGUGAUGCCACCAUAUCUCGCGACACCGCUGAGUCAAGGGGCUCGGCGAGCGGCCAACUUUGUGAUUUUAUAAAUACUUAAGGACAUUUACGACGAGCGAGAGAAAUAGAGAGAGAAUGGGAGAGACUGAACGAAAAUUAAAGCAACGGAAGAACGUUUGGGGAAAAGGGAUGGUCGAGUAAGGAAACUAGCGACGGGGCUGAAACGAAGGGUUCAAAUUUGUCAAGAUGAAAAGAAAGGGAAGGCAUACCUAUCGAAGCUGUCGUAAGGUUGGAUCAGCAUGUAUACCUCUAGAUCGUAAGAGCGUAGUUGAUUAGCAAAUAGGCUAGGCUAGGGUCCGCCCUUGUAUAGGAAUCUCUUUGUUGACUCUUAUUGCUGCGAAACCGGUGAUAAAACGUUCGGAAUCGAAGCUGCUCGAUUGCUUGACGAGCACCGAACUCCGAACGAACAACAGCGAUAUACGAUGAAUGAAAGAAAGAAAGAAAGAAUGAAAAUGAGACAGAGAGAGAGAGAGAGAGAGAAAGGGAAAAUUAGCGAGGAGCAUCGAGAAGAAGCAACGAGAUGCGGUGCAAUAGCGAGGCUCGCAAUUAUUUGAAACGUGUGCACGGCUAGUCGAGCGCGCGCAACGUGGCGUCCUCGAACAAUACAACGUUUUACUUCGCUCGUAGCUCGUACGAGUAGACCAUUGUAAAUUUUCUUUGUUCAAAUUCACUAUUUAUUGCGCCGUGCGAGCCAACGCGUCAACAUUUUAAGUGUAAAAUACUAUCAUUACUAUCGUUCGGAUCAUCGCGAAUAAGCCGUGUAUAUUGAUUACGAAUACGAACACGAUUACGAUUACGAUUACGAUUAUUCUAUUACUUAUGGGAAGAUGAGACAGAAAGUGUAGCAGGCCGCGUUCGAUGCCGGGAUCGUGUCUCGACAAAAGCGAGGGCGUGCCGGUGUGCGAAGAAUCGCUGGUGUGAAUUGGUUAAUGCAUGGAUGGGUGUUUGUUUGCGUGCCUGUGUGCGAGUGUGAAUGAGUAGCGCAGAAAAGCGCAAAGAGACGCGGGAAAACACGAAAACGCGAGUACGAGAAGGGAUUUGGUGGUGGCUCGAGCGAUAGAUCGAUGGGCGACGUGCGUUCGAGGACGAGAAAGUGCAAACCUGGAGCGGAACACACUUGUAUACGUAUUUCUUGUAAACUCUAAUUCUUCCAUCGCGGACUUUAAAAGUAUUUAUCGAUAUAACGAUAAUAUUAAUAUUAUUAUUGUAAUUAUAUACGAUUGCUGAGAGUGUGACGGAGGCGAGAGAGACGAGAGGUCUACGUGGAUGCGAAAGACGGCAUACGCGCACAAGCAAAACGCGGCGUGUACACACUCGCGAAAAUAAGAAACGAAACGUGGAAUAGCCAACCGUGCGAAAAAUACGCUCGAAAAGUACCUACCUACUUACAAAUGCGCAACCACAAAGAUAUGCAUCAUGUAUACGCGACUCUUGAAACCAUUUUACCAGAUUUGUCAUUAUUUAAUUAUUUCGGUUGUAUUUUAAAAUGCAAUUAAAGCUCAAAUAAAUAUAUAUGUUAUAAAGUAA